AUGACUCUCCUCCAAUUUUUACGGCAAGCCCGCCAAGUACACCUCAAAUUCAUCUCGGGUGCCCUGUCCGAGCCUCCAAUCUACGUAAUCGGCAAUCCCUCCGCUGACCUCGACUCCAUUGUGUCGGCAAUCAUCUACUCCUACUGCGCGAACAACAGGCUCCCGGUCAAAACCCCCCGACCCCAUAUCCCACUCCUAAACCUACCCAAUUUCCCCGCUGGGACAGAGCUGUAUCGACUAAGACCGGAAUUUUCAGCUGCACUAUGGUCAUCAACCAAUUUCCCCGCCCUAAACAAUGAGGAGCAAUUCGAGAAUACCCUACAUUCUGCUGGUAAUUUCCUACGCGACCAUGUUAUGACCAUCGCGGAUUUUGCGCAGUCCCUCGAAGACCAAAAUGUCCUGAAACAGAUUCUCGUGGAUGCAACGCUGGUAGAUUGGAACGCGUUCCCGCGCCCCUCAAAGACCGAUAAGGGCUCGGGAUCCCUAACCGGGUUGCCGGGUGUCUCCUUCCGGACUAUUGGAUGUAUCGACCACCACGUGGACGAGCACUCCAUGCCAAGCAUUGACGAAUUACCAGAAGGUCAGCCUAUGAUUAUUCAGCCGGGACCUGGGUCCUGUGUAUCGCUCAUUACUCGAGAGUUGCAACAACGGAAUCUCUGGGACUCGACUCCGGAAAUGGUGCAGGUUGCAAAGCUUGCUCUUUCUGCAGUGCUUAUUGAUACCUCGAACCUCACUGCCGAAGGCAAAGUGACCGAUAUCGAUCGUAUGGCUGUCGAAUUCCUGCAAUCCCAAAUCGAGGGCGGAUCACAAGCUGCAGUGAAUUCUAAAAACAACUGGGAGUUAGAGGCGUUCUACAAAAGCAUUCUUUAUGCUAAACAGAAUAGUCUAGAUCUUCUUACGAUGGAUGAGGUGUUGGAUCGCGAUUACAAGGACUGGACUGAGACGUCACAGUCCUCGGGGAAGACUGUGAAAAUGGGCUUUUGUUCUGCCGUCAGACCUAUGCGAUGGAUUGUACAAAAGGCGGGUAGCCCGGAGAAAUUUCUCGAUGCUGCGCGCUCAUUCGCAACUUCGAAGGAGAAAGACUUGGAUGUGCUUGUUAUUAUGACGGCUUUUACAGGCACUAAUGGUAAGUUCUGUCGCGAGCUGUUUGUCAGCGUGAUGGGUGACAAUGAAUCGGCUGUUGAGGGUGUCAAGAAGUUUGUUGAGCACUCCUCCCACCACCUUGGGCUCAUAGAUUGGUCUCCGCUCGAUGGGGAGGAUAUCCCUGAGCUGACAGGAGAUUGUCUUCUUACAUUGAACGAGGAAUCACCCCUAUGGAGAAAAUUGUGGGUGCAGACCAAUGCGGCUGGUAGUAGGAAGCAGGUCGCCCCGUUGCUACGGGCAGCAGUAGCUAAAUUGUAA